AUGGCGUCGGAUAUCACCAAGCCAGUGUCAGGUUGCACAGGACGCCAUAGAUUUCGGACCAAAAGGACAGGUCAACGACUCGCCAUGGAGAUUGUCUCAUGCUCUGCACCUACAAAGCCAGGAAAGUCUCCACCAACGCCAAUCUUCACGCCUCUCGAAGCUGCAGGGCGCAUCAACUACCACGUAAUCGCGUUGCAGGAAAAGAAGUCCAGAAAGACGGACGUGAGGCAGCUGAGUGAUGGCACACUCAUCAUUCGUGGUGAAAUGGUUCCAUCGCGGAACGUUGGAGCCAUUGGAUUUGUCGUACACCCAUCUGUUGUCCAUAUUGGCGAUUCGCAUGAGAUCCUAUUACCUCGCUUGGCUAUCCUUCGACUCUGUCUUCUGCAUCAGAAAAUCACUAUCAUCAACUGCUAUUCCCCAACAGCAGCAGCUGAUGGUUCGGAACUUGAUGCUUUUUAUGAGGAUUUGGAGUACAUCCGCAAAGAAAAAUCCUUCUAUAAUUUCGUCGUGGGAUCAUCGGAACUACCGUCCAAUGUGCCUGCUGAGCGUGCUUUACAAGCUCAUUACAAAGACUAUUCUCGCUCGCAUAUCAGGACACUAGAUGAAGCCCAACCUCUGGAACAAGCUGGAUUUCGCCAGGGAUUCAGCUGCGUGGAUCACAUCCAGCUAGUAACGAGUAAUGGAUCUGGACCUCGCGAACGUCGCCGCCGCAGUUUAAUUCUAACAACGUGGAUGACGCUAGCGAGAGACAGAAUCGGAUGGGAACAGUGCUGUGGCCUGUACGAUAAAUGA